GGCAAAAAAACAAAAAGGCGGAGAGUGCAAAUGCAUUGCAGUCUCCCUUUUUUGGAUCUCUCAGAAUAAAAUAAGAACCAAUUAAUAAUUGAUAUCCAACACACCCUUUUCUUCCAUUUGACGAUUGAUAUAUGUGUCUAUAUCUUAGACCUAACUAAAUCGUGUGUUUCUGCCAGAGAUCUUGCCAUGGAAAAUGCUAGCCGCGUUCGAGCAUUUUCAUCUCCUGAAUUGCUACCGCUUCCAGCAAGCUCGACUGAAGGGGCAGAAGAUUAUAGCUUAGAAGGUGUUGCAACAAACGUGAAGCUACUACUAAAACUAAUCCAGGAUCACAACGAAGCUAGCACAAAGGACAACGAUGACCGUAAAAUGCGAAGGUUCGCUGGAAUGGUGUCCAUUCUGGAUGAUGUUAAGUUCCGAAUCCAAAAAUAUCAAUCUGGGAAGAAGAAGGCACCUCAGCUUAGGCGGUGCAACACGGAUCUUAGACGGAGUCAAGCUCCAGCAGACAAGAAACCGCAAGAAUCUGUAGUUGACGAGAAAGAGCGGUUAAGGAAGCAGCUAAAUGCAAGCAUGGCGGCUCGAAAGAGCCUAGAAAUGAUGUGUUCAAGCUUGGGAAAGGAAAAGGAAAUUAUGGCAGCCGAGAUUGCAAGAAAAGUUCAUGAAUUGAAUGAAGCGGAGGAGCUGGUCAAUGACCUCAAAGCCCAAAAUGAGACAUUGAUGGCAAAACUUCAAGCUCGUGCUCCGCAGAAGAAAAGUACUAAUAGCGGAGGAGAAGCUCAAGGAAAUGCAGCACUUCAGGAGCGUAACCGGACGCUUUCGGAGCAACUCCUCAAGUCCCUUGAUAGCUGUCGAUCUUUAAAGAGAAAAUACAAAGUUGCAAAAGAGGAAAACAGUGGAAUUUGCGCUACAAUGGAUGUGAUUAAGAUGGAAAUAGGUGCUGGGCUUGAAAAAAUACGUAGCUUUAGGAGCAGAGUGGCCAUAAGCAAAGAUAUUGAAGAGGAGAUUUCAGCAUUAGAGCAAAUGUUUGAGGGUUUUGAUACGAAGAUCUCAAAACAUAGGGACAUUGAAUGUGCUAAACCAAAAGCUGCGAUCAAUACUAGCAAGCCUCCUGUUCUUGAAUAAUAUGAAGAAGAAAGGAUGUUUUAUUUUCCCCAGAGGAGGACAAUACACUUAGGUAUCUUCAAUUAUUUAUAAUGAGGGAAGCAGUUGUAUCAUAUCCAAGUAGACAUGAUUAGUGAUGCUGCUCGAAUGUCCAUGUACAAUUGCCUGAUUCAGUUUUUCGGUGUACUCCCUAAACAGCUGUGCAAUUCCAAAAGUUUUUUUUUUUGCUGUAUCUUGAGUCGCAGGAUGCUCUUAGAAUAAGUUCUUAAGGUUUCUGAUGCAUCUCAUUGUAAUGGAUCCGUUAUUGUGGUAAGCAA